UUUCCAUCCGGAGCACCAACUCCCCCCUCAAACAGGGGGCCCAUGAAUAGCCUCAACCCUGCUCCUCGCUGGGGUCACCCAUGAACAUGGCUCCUUGUCGUCGAUGUCAUCCCAAGCUAGUCGUUGACAGGAACAAGCUGCAGACGACACUAUCAUUCGUCUCGGGCGCCUCUUGAGUUUUUGAACAGAGGUAGGGCGUUCCUCUCUGCCAAUGUUGCCUCUGUUCCACAUCUACAGCCAUAAAACAUAAACACACAAAGCCCACCUCAGCUGGCGAGGAUCUCUCAGCUCCAUCUUGCACUAUUCAAAGGGUCGGAGCAUUUCCCUCAACCCAAUUCCCCAGUCACUCCCUCUUGCCAAAACAUUUCCCGCCCCUUCCUUCCACUGAUCCACAUUUGAAGAUCAAACCUUCAAUCAGAUCCUGCUGUGCAAGUCUCCCACGUGUCUGAGAUCGUUUUAACCCGCCUGCCCUGCACCGCCUGCACCACCUCUCCCGACUUCCAUCUCAAAAACCAAGUCUGUUCCCUCACCGAAACCCUCGCCUUCUCUCUCGGCCGAUUCAACAGACAAAAUGGUUCUGUCGUUGAACUACCGUCGUCCUGCCUAUGUCUCGGACUCACGACAGUCCCUCGACUCCGAGAAAGGUGGAAAGUCCGAAUCUGUGACGUCCAGUGGUAGUUGCCCAUAUGGCAUCCCGGACGCUCUUUCUUUCGACAAGAUCAUCAGUGGAGGUACUUGCCCUCCCGUGACGACCCGCGAGUUUAUGGACUUUCUUUUCCAUAUUGAGCAUGAUGCCGAAAAUCUCCAAUUCUAUCUGUGGUACCGCGACUACUGCAAACGUUUUGCGGAGCUCCCCGAAAGUGAGCAGAAGUUGGCCCCAGAAUGGACCGCCGAAGACGCUCUGGCGGAAAAGACGGGUGGCGAGAAGGAAAAGCUCCCAAAGAAAAUCGACCCUCAAGCCGCCGCAGUGCUCAAAGGCACCGACUUCGACACAAAUGCAAAGAACGCCAUGCCGGAAGCCGCUCCCAAUCCUUUCAACACCCCUCCUCGAACCCCGUCUCAUUCGGCAACAGACGGUGACAGUGUGACCCAAUCAACUGGCGUUUGGACUGAUGAUAUGCCCUCGUUGCAGAGUGAAACCUUCAACCACAGCAAGAAGUCCGAGCAAGCCUUUAGUGAGGCCGGCGUCCUCCAACCCUUUACCAUCCAACCUUUCAGAGAAGAAAUCUCGCGCAUUAUUGCCAUCUACAUCGCCCUCGAUAGUGCUCGUCUCUUGAAUCUAUCCGCAAAGGAAAGGGCUGUUGUGCUCAAGGCGCUGUCCAUCACCACCCAUCCGUCGGCUUUCCGUGAUGUCAUUGCAACAGUCGAAUGGUCUCUUCGGCACCAAGCCCACCCCAAUUUCAUUCGCUGGACCAUCUGUAAUGGCAACCCCCCCAGACAGACGUUUGCCCGAGGACUUGGAGUCGGCGGCAUCGUCGCUGGAAUCGUCUAUGCCAUCGUCAUUACUCUCAGCUCCGCCAACCGAGGUUGGAGGGCAUUGGCUUUUCUGGGUUUGUUCAUUGGCAUUGCAACCCUUUUCGCUGCUUGGAAGGGCAUGUGUGUGGUUCUGCAUGGUAUGCAUCAUCGACAUCUUCGACCCUGGGAAUUGUUCAGCGACUCAGACGACUCCGAAUCCGAUUUCUCCCUCGGCAAAGGCUCUUUCGACAGUCUCGGUUCAGCCAACAGUUAUGAAGACGAACCCUGGGUCGCAAAAUACGAGAAGCGCAACAUCAUUCGCAGAAUAUUUGAUCGAGAGGUGUGGAUCCAAGAACCAAUGCUGCGCCAGAUUCAGGAUACAAUCUUUGUCCAAGCCCUCAUCACAGCCUUCAUCAUUUCUGCCGUCAUCACUGCAAUCUUCUUGGCAGUCCCUGCUGGUAACUUCUUCUAAAUUGAUACCGUGUCAUCUCAUCCCUAUCUGCAGGGACAGUCUUCUGGAAGUCCUCUUUCGGAUACUAGCACGCACUUACACCUUGCUUUGUUGGUGUUACUGUCAGCAGUGGUAUUUGAGACGUGGUCGAGACCCGUUGGGUAUCUGGUCAUUCUGUAAUUAUACUAUACCCGCUUGAUUGCCCCUAACCUAUCGACGAUUGUGAUAUUUAUCGUAG